CAUAGUCCGGCGGGACGAGAAAGCCGUUCACUGAGAGUCCUGGGGCGCUGAAAUAACACGGGGAAGGAAAGGCGGCGGGCCGAUCCCAGGAACCCCGCGCACACCCAGAAGUGGGGCCAUCGCGCUGGCCUCCUUCUCAGCCAAUGGCCGCGUGAUGCGCUUGAGGAGAAAAAGCAGCCGGCCCAAGAAGCGCAAGAAGGGACCAUCCUUCUCCGUUAUUCCGCGAGUUACCAUGGCAGUGUAGUGAGAGACAAAGGCCUCGUCCCAUAUCUCGCUCUCUCGGAUUAACCUAGCUCAGUAUCGCCAUGCUUCCGACUUCACGGCCGGCUCACGCACCACAGCUGCCCUCAGUAAAGAUGGCGCCUCGGGGCGAAGAAAAAGCCGGAAGUAGGCUGGCUCAGGAGGAACCCGCGGAGGCGGGUCGGGAAGGCGUGGCCUGACUGCCAAGCUGACUGACGGACGGGUGGGCGGGAGGAAGGUAACCUACCGCCAGAACUUAGAUUUGCGGUCUUUGAGUCGCGCACACCUGGGCCGGCGAUAUCCCUCCGUCGCUUCCUGUCUCCGCCCCUGCCCAGGUAUCUCACUUUCGAAGGUGCCCGCUGAGUCUCGGCGACUUUGCCCGGGUAGGGCUGCGGAAUUCUUGUCCCUCUGCGGUCACUGGCAAGGAUGGAGGACUCUCGGGAGAACUCCCUGGAGUCUGGCUCCUCCGUUCCCGGGCCCGAAGAGUCUUCUAGGGUCCCCGAGGUGUUGCCUUCCAAGGUGUCAGAGAGCUGCGCCCAGCCCCUUGAGGCGACCCCCAAGAAACUUUGUGGAUAUUUGAGUAAGUUUGGCGGCAAAGGGCCCAUCCGGGGCUGGAAAUCCCGCUGGUUCUUCUACGACGAGAAGAAAUGUCACCUGUAUUAUUCGCGGACCGCGCAGGAUGCCAACCCCUUGGACAGCAUCGACCUCUCCACUGCGGUCUUUGACUACAAGGCGGACGCUGAGGAAGGGACUUUCGAAAUCAAGACUCGCAACCGGGUUAUUACCCUCAAGGCCGCCACCAAGCAAGUGAUGCUGUACUGGCUGCAGCAGCUGCAGAUGAAGCGCUGGGAGUUCCACAACAGCCCGCCUGCACCUCCUGCCGCCCCUGCCGCCUCUCUGACUGGGAACACACCUGCCCUGCACCUCGAGCUAGAGCCAGAGGAGGCAGAGCUGGAGGAGUUCCUGUGCCCCGUGAAAAUGCCUACUGGGCUGGUGGGUGUGGCAGCUGCCUUGCAUCCUGGCACCCCCAUCCCUUCUGCCCUUCAGAAUAUUUCCCUCAAGCACCUAGGAACUGAAAUACAAAACACAAUGUACAACAUCUGUGGCAACAAGCAGGCCCAAGGAAUAGGCCAUGGACUUCCAGUGGAAGAUUCUUCACAGAGUGGAGGGCCUCAGAGGGAGGAGCAGCCCUCAUCCCCUGACCCCAGCGCCCCAGGGAAAGAACCAGCAGAUUCUCCAAAGCCUACGCCCAAGUCUUCUCUGACAGCCAAUCUCAUUCAGAAAGCCAAGCGCCAGAGCAACACUUUCCCGCUCUUUCCCGAAGGGCUCACACGUCACCGAACCUCCCAGGAGAAGGUGGUGGCCUUGGAGCAGCAGGUUCUGAUGCUCACCAAGGACUUAAAGUCUCAGAAGGAGCUGGUGAAGAUCCUGCACAAGGCGCUGGAGGCUGCCCAGCAGGAGAAGAGGGCAUCCAGCGCGUACCUGAUGGCAGCCGGGGACAAGGACCGGCUGGAGCUGGUGCGGCACAAGGUGCGGCAGAUCGCAGAGCUGAGCAGGCAGGUGGAGGCCCUGGAGCAGGAGCGGGCGAGCCUGGCGCAGACAGCGAGCCUGUGGGAGCAGCAGGCGCAGGAGCUGCAGCAGCAGGUGCAGGAGCUGCAGCAGCAGGUGCAGCUGCUCAUGGACAAGAACCAGGUCAAACAGCAGAUCAUCUGUAAGCUCUGUGACAAGGUCACGCAGGACUUCAUGAACCCCUCCAGCCAUUCCCCCCUACCCCCAGAUGCUGCCAGCAGGGACUUCCUGAGCCAGCAGGAGAAGAUGGAACAGCUGAAGGAUGACAUGGAAGCAUACCGGACCCAGAACCGCUUCCUCAACUCAGAGAUCCAUCAGGUCACAAAGAUCUGGAGAAAGGUGGCUGAGAAGGAGAAGGCCCUCCUGAUGAAGUGUGCCUACCUCCAAGCCAAGAGCUGCCAGGUGGAAAGCAAGUACCUGGCAGGGCUGCGGAGGCUGCAAGAGGCCAUGGGGGAUGAGGCCAGCAAGUGCUCGGAGCUGCUGAGGCAGCUCAUCCAGGAGGCGCUGCAGUGGGAGGCCAGCGAGUCUGCAGCUGACAGCGUCAGGCUGAGCCCCAUCAGCGAGUAUGACGAGUAUGGCUUCCUGACGGUGCCUGACUACGAGGUAGAAGACCUGAAGUUGCUGGCCAAGAUCCAGGUGCUGGAGGUCCGUUCCCACCACCUGCUGGCCCAUGAGGAGCGGCCACUGCGAGAGCGCUGGGCUGCCUUGGGGGAGCUUGCGCCCUCGACUGAGCUCAAGCAGCUGCUACGAGCGGGCGUGCCCCGAGAGCACCGGCCACGUGUCUGGAGGUGGCUUGUCCACCUCCGCGUGCAGCACCUGCAGGUCCCCGGCCACUAUCAGAAGCUGCUGAGCCGAGGCCAGGCCUGUGAGCACCCUGCUGCCCGUCAGAUCGAGCUGGACCUGAACCGUACCUUCCCCAACAACAAGCACUUCACCUGUCCCACCUCCAACUUCCCUGACAAGCUCCGCCGGGUGCUGCUGGCCUUCUCCUGGCAGAACCCCACCAUCGGCUACUGCCAGGGCCUGAACAGGCUGGCGGCCAUUGCUCUGCUGAUCCUGGAGGAGGAGGAGAGUGCCUUCUGGUGCCUGGUGGCCAUCGUGGAGACCAUCCUGCCAUCUGACUACUACAGCAAGACGCUGACAGCGUCUCAGGUGGACCAGCGGGUGCUCCAGGACCUCCUCUCGGAGAAGAUGCCCAGGCUGAUGGCCCACCUGGGGCAGCACCACGUGGACCUCUCCCUCAUCACCUUUAACUGGUUCCUCGUGGUCUUUGCUGACAGUCUCAUCAGUGACAUCCUCCUCCGGGUCUGGGAUGCCUUCCUGUAUGAGGGGACCAAGGUGGUGUUCCGCUAUGCCUUGGCCAUUUUCAAGUACAACGAGGAGGAGAUCCUGAGGCUGCAGGAUGGCCUGGAAAUCUACCAGUACCUGCGCUUCUUCACCAAGACCAUUGGCAACAGCCGGAAGCUGAUGAGCAUCGCCUUCAACGACAUGAACCCCUUUCGCAUGAAGCAGCUGCAGCAGCUGCGGACGGCCCACCGGGAGCGGCUGGAGGCUGAGCUGCGGGAGCUGGAGCGGCUCAAGGCUGAAUACUUGGAGACCCAAGCCUUCCGGGGCCGAGCAGUGCCCGAGGGCUGUGGCAGCGAGGACGAGGGCGAGGGUGAGGUGGAGGCCUGA